AUGUCUAUCACCCUAGUCCUUGAGGAGAUCAAGACCUCCCCGUCUUCAAUCAUUCCAAUACUAUCCAUCCUCCACCAUGAGAAUCACCACCUUGACCAAAUCUCCAAAUCAAAUCUUUCGCAUCUAAUUUCUCGUACAUUGCAAUUGUGUCGAUCACCAACAACUUACAACAAAUGGUGUGGAAUCAACAUCAUCAACGUGCUAAUUGACAACUACACCAUCUUGGCCAAUGAAGGUGCCAACUUUAUGACCACGUUGAUUACAAUCUUGGAGUCGUUCAACCACACCAUUGAUGACAUUAUUUUGAAAUCUUGUAUUGAAUGUUUAAACAAAUUGAUAAAAGUGAUUCGAAAUAAACCAACAUUGACAAGAGAGAUAUUGACACCGAAAUUGAGCACCAUUGUUGCACUCUAUUUGAAGAACUUACAGUAUGCGCCCAACUUGUGUAUAAAGUCGCUUUAUCAAAUCAUCAAGCAUCAUCCAACUACAUUUAGACCAUUUGCCAAUAAAUUUGGCGAGAAAUUGUACACAUUGAUGCAGGAUGAUGGGUUUAUCAAGUACCCAAGUGAUUUACAAUCCUCGAUCUGCAAGGCAUUGGCGAUUUUACCCGUGGUGGAAAAGAAUGAACCCGAAACCAAAUGGGCAACGGAUGUCGAUCAAAUCAUUGCUGAAAUCAAGGGUGUUGUUGAGAUUUAUGAGGAGUUUUUGAAUUUUCGUGAUGAUUCAGAAUUGAAGAAAUUGAUGCAAAAGUUGCCUCAAUCACAUGCCAAGGUGUUUUCGAGUUUGGAGAUUGAUUUGAAUGAUCCCAAGACCAUUUUGCAAAUUAGUUGUCGUAUUGCCGUUUUGACAAAGUUGUUGGCAGCUUAUUUGAAUGAAGGUAUUUCCAGUGUCAAGGUGCCUUUAGGUAAAGUGUUUGUCUUGAUUGAAAUGAUUUGCGCAAUCAAUACGAGGUACUUGUCAUUUAGAAGUGAUGUACGAGAUGAAGAAAUCAGAUCCUUGAUUAAAACGACAAUUCAGGUGAAUUACCAAAGUGUACUUGGACUAUUGAAACACCUUUUGGUGUUUAAAGGCUCUUUGAUUCCUCAUUUACCAUCAUUAUGGUCCUCUAUGGCCUAUAUUGUUCCCAUGACCAAAUCAGGCAAAGUAUCAUCAACUGACAUUUGGAACAACGAGCCACUAUUCCUAGACUUGUUGAGUUGCGUUGGUGACUAUUUACAAUUAACAGGUGUUGUGGCUGAUAAUACUUUAUUGGUUCCAUUUGUUAAUGUUGCAUUGAUACUAUCACAACCUAGAGCGGCUGCUCCAACUAAACCCAAGGAUCAACCAGCGUCUACCUCUCAGCAAAAGAAACCCAAGAAAAAGAAUGUUUCAUCAGCCCCAUUAUCUGAUAUCUUAUCCCAUGAACAUUUAUUCACUCAAUCACGUUCUAAAAGGUCAAUAGAAGUGGUGAGAACGUUUAUUGAUCAAAUUGUGAAAAGGUCUGAACUUUCACCUACUCAACACUACAAGGUUAUGAAAUGUAUAAUUCAAGAGUGCGUUGAAGCGGCAGCUAAUAACUAUGAAAUUACAAUACCUGACCCCUUCAGGGCGUUGUUGGGGAGUAUAGUUUUGAACCCAGGAUAUGACAAGCACAAUGUUUUGCCAAUUAUCUCUUCAAUAUUACCAAAUGACCCAUUGUUGAGUGUGUUUGUUAAUCCCAGACUACCACCCUUACCACAACGUAUCAGCGCUACGAGGGAACAAGAUGUUGAAUUUGAUGACUUAUCGGAACCGGAAGAGGACGCUCCAAUGAGUACAAAAGAAUCAGCAAUUAUGAAAUUGAUUGACGAGCAAAGGGAGCAAGAAAGAAAACACGAAAAUGAGAUUAUUAUUGGUUCCACUCAUGUUUCUGAUGCAAAAAGAGUAAUGGACGAAGGGCAAGAUAACGACAAAGAAAAGAAAAGAAAAGUGGAAACAGUUGCAGUAGAUUUUUCAUUCAAGCCAGAACCCUUCGAAAAUGCUGCCAAAGUUGAAAAGAUUGAGCCUGUUGUAGAGACAGAAGUGGCUACAGUUGUCACGACAAACUCGCCAACAAAUCAAGAUAAUGCCGACGAGUCUGAUUUCGAGAUGCCCGAAAUCAAUAUGGAGGACGACUCUGAUGACGAGGGUGAUGAAUAA